AAUCAUCAUUUUUUUUUCUCAAAAAAGUGAGAGUGAAAUCCUACUCAUUUAAUGGUAAACUAAGACAAGGAAUUUCUAUGGUGUAACUGGAAGCAGUGAGUGAUGAAGAUGAAAGCUGGUUUCCAUUUAUUUGAACCGAUAGUACUAUAACCCUUGUCUCUAUGAAGAAGGGAUGCUUUGCUUGAUGCUUGGAAAAACAAAAACAAAAGGCAUGAGGAUGUGAUGCUCAUUUUUCUAGUUUUAGUUUUAUCCACAAGCUUUGUUUUGUGAGGUGUAACUUUGUUACCUAUAAACCCACAAUCACAAUCACAACCUUCAUCCCGCAUCUCUCACUCUUUUUGUUUUGUUCAAGACACUGGCUUUGGAGUUUGAGGCACAGUCUUGGAAGGAUUCUCCACAUUCUCUCAACCCAAUUCACCAUCCUUUGUGCUCUCCAACUUUUCUGCAAGAUUUCCUCACUUUCUAGGUCCUUGUCUCACGUUCUACUACACCUAUCAUAAUGCCAUUCAGGAGUAUUGUGCAUGAUCUCAAGGAGAUUGGAGAGGGUAUUGCCAACAUGUAUAGAAGAGGGACAGAAGCCAAGCAUGUGCAUCGCCAUGGAAAAUCUCACAUUGCACCAGAAUGUUCCUCACCAUCACCAUCACCAUCACCAUCACCAUCACCAUCUCAGAGCCAGUGGGCCAACUUACCACCUGAGUUGCUGUUAGACAUAAUUCAAAGGUUGGAAGCAAGUGAAACUUCAUGGCCUGCACGAAGAGCACUUGUAGCAUGUGCCUCAGUUUGUAGGUUGUGGAGAGAGAUAACAAAGGAUGUGGUUAAGACACCAGAACAGUGUGGUUGGCUCACUUUUCCUAUAUCACUAAAGCAGCCUGGUCCGAGAGACUCUCCAAUCCAGUGUUUUAUUAAGAGAGAGAGGGUGACUUCAACAUAUUGUUUAUAUCUCGGUCUGAGCCCUGCUCUUUCUGGUGAUAUGAGCAAACUGUUACUGGCAGCAAAGAAGAUUAGAAGGGCAACGUGUACAGAAUUUUUAAUAUCAUUGGUUGCUGAUGAUUUCUCUCGGACUAGCAACACUUACAUUGGAAAACUGAGGUCUAAUUUUCUGGGCACCAAGUUUACAAUCUUGGAUGGGGAGCCCCCACAUGAUUCUUCACUCCCAUUGAAUUGCAAGUUGCAACAAAGAGUCCACCUGAAGCAGGUACUUCCAAAGGUUGCUGCUGCUAACUAUAAAGUGGCCACAGUAUCUUAUGAACUUAAUGUUCUCAGAACAAGAGGUCCAAGGAGAAUGAGAUGUACAAUGCACUUAAUCCCAAUAUCGGCAAUUCAAGAAGGAGGAACUGCCCCUACUCCUUUGAAGUUUACCAAUUGUGUUAAUGACCGGGCAUCUUCCAACCUUAUUUCAAAAGGAAAGAAAUCAGAAGUUGACUUUGACUCAACUAGCACUGGCAAUACUCUAGAGUCAGCCCAGAGUGCAAGGGAACCAUUGAUUUUGAAAAACAAAGCUCCUAGAUGGCAUGAACAAUUGCAAUGUUGGUGCUUGAAUUUCAAGGGAAGAGUUACUGUGGCCUCAGUGAAGAACUUCCAACUAGUAGCAGCUGCAGAACCAUGCCAAAAUGUUUCAGCGGCAGAACAAGAGAAAGUCAUACUACAAUUUGGAAAGAUUGGGAAGGACAUAUUCACCAUGGAUUACCGAUAUCCCCUCUCAGCUUUCCAAGCCUUUGCAAUAUGCUUGAGCAGCUUUGACACAAAACCAGCUUGUGAAUGAUCAUGAAUCGUGAUUUCUCCCCAUUGUGGACAAACAGUCUUGUCACUCUUCCUUGAUAUAAAAUGUAUAUAUAUUUUCAUAAGAAAGGAGAGAAGCUGGACUAAACAGCUCUCAUUCUAAUGAGUGCUUUCAUUCUGCAUGCACAAGUUUGUAUGAUGCUAGCUAUUAGGAUUAAUGUUUAAUGGCAAAUCUAUUUUUCUGUAACCUGUAAAGAAGUUUGUUAAUUUCCCCUAUCAUUAAUCACAUAAGAGAGUCAACUUCAUUUAAUGUAAAAAUGAACAACUUAAAAUGAAAAUCACACACGGUAUAUUAAAAUAACAAAAUAAAAAUGACAUGACAUGACAAAUUACACAGUAUAGAUGUGUUUG